AUGAAGGAUAAUAACAUUAACCGUGAAAUUUCUUUUAUAUUACAAAAUUCAGAAAAUCGCACAAAAACUUUUAAAAGAGGAUAUUAUUGUUUUAAAAGCAAUAUAUCACAUAUUUGUAUAUUUUACUCUGCCAUGGAAGAUGUCUGGGUAGCUGUACUAAUUAAUGGUUGGAUUAAAAUUAAUAAUAGAAUCUUGGGAAAUGAAGCUUUGGCUCUUAUUGAACCACAAUGUAUUAUUGAAAUUGAUAAAGAACAAUAUAUUUUUUAUUCAUACACCAAUCAGACUAAAGCAGCCAGUAAAGUAGUAACUGAAUUAAUAAGUAAUGCAGAUGAGAAAAAAGUUUAUAAAGAAGAUAUUUUGUUUUAUUUGUCAAAUUUAAGAAACAUUUUAGAUCUUGAGUCAUAUUUCGAAAUACUUAUGCAAAAUCCAGUAUUUGAAAGAGAUGAAAAUGGAUUAAUUAAAAUGAAUUAUUUUAUUUAUGGAUUGUACAGAUAUUACGAUAUAAGGUUUUUACUUUUAGCAGAAUUUAAAUAUUAUAUGAACAUUGGUAAAAUGUUUUAUAUUAUAGAAUUUCAAAAUUUCUUUUGUAAUAGUAGUACUUAUGAUUAUUUACAAAAAAACCUUUUUAAGUGUAAAAAUGGUACUUAUACUAUUCCUGAAUAUCUUUACGAUUUAGUAGGACAUUUUUAUAUAGACCGAUUAAGAUAUCCUGAUUGUGAAACUUUUGAAAUUUGUAGAAUAUGGAAAUCUUAUUACGAUUUGGGUGAUCAAUAUAAUACCCCUAAUUUGAAAAAAAUAAAAAUAGAUAUAUUUGAAGAUUUUAAUAUAAAAAAGUGCUGCAAAUCCGAUGAACACAGUGGUGAAAAGAUUAGUCAAUUCCAUGAUGUGCCUGUGUACAUGGAAAUGAACUUACUUAGGAAUUGUUUUAAAGGUAUUGGACGGACACAUAAACGCGAUAGAAAACAAAAGAAACGAUCACAUAGUCUUGUAGAAGAUCGAGGUAGUAUUAACGAUAAAGUAUGGAUGUUUGAAAAAAGACCAAACGAUAUCUAA